AUGGCCAAAUCCAAUCUGGAUCUGAUCAAGGAAUGCGAUAACUUCCCCUACUACGAGGACGACCGUGCCGCCUACACCGAGAAUCUCAACAACUACCAUGCAUUCCGCGUCUCUGGAUAUGAUGCUACCCUGGGAUAUAUAAUUAAAUCGGUCGUUGACCAAUUUCCUUGGCCGCAAGAAUACUGGAAGAUCGACUCUCAAGCAAAGACCGUCACUCUCAUCACUCCCGCUGGAGCGGACCCCGCACUCCGCAGUAAGCUGAUCGCAGAGACCAUUGAAGAAGCAGUCAAGCAAGAAACGUUUGAGGUGCUCAAGGGAUGGCGCAAUGAAAGAUAUCCGGUCUUUGCACCUGGUGGUGAGUACAUCUUCGAGAUCGAGCGGAGUGCGGCGUGUCUGUUUGGUGUUGUCACCUACGGAGCCCAUAUGACCGGAUAUGUCGAGGAUCCGGCCGGCGUGAAGCUGUGGAUUCCUCGACGGGCCAAGAACAAGCAAACAUAUCCAAGUAUGCUUGAUAACACCGUUGCGGGUGGCAUGUGCACCGGUGAAAAGCCAUUCGAGUGUAUCGUCCGCGAAGCAAUGGAGGAAGCCUCUCUACCGGAAUCCGUGGUACGUGCCUCUAUCCUUGCACGAGGAUGCGUCACCUACACGCAUGUUCGCGAUCCACGUGCUGGGGGGGAGACAGGUCUUCUUCAGCCGGAAGUGGAGUACGUCUAUGAUCUGAAGCUCGACCCGUCCGUGAUCCCGAAGCCCGGAGAUAGCGAGGUCGAGGAGUUCAAGCUGCUCUCGGUCUCGGAAACUCAAGAUGCGCUGUCGCGGGGUGAGUUCAAGCCUAACUGCGCGAUCAUUCUGGUUGAUUUCUUCAUUCGUCACGGCAUUCUGACAGCGGAGAACGAGCCGGAUUAUCUGGAUAUUGUGGCCCGGCUGCAUCGCCGUCUGGAAUAUCCAACUGCAUCGCACUGCGUGCGGUAA